AUGGUGGAAACUCCACGAAGCAAAGAGGCUUUAGAAAGGCUGUGCAGCUUCCUCUCAAGUGAAAGCAACUCUAUACAUGACAGCAGCACACUAGCAGGUCUCUUUCUGUCGUCUCCACAAAAAAACGUUCGAACCGUGGAGGUGGAAGUAGCUUUUAUGGUGUCUCCUCUGGCUCAUCGCGUUCCUCUAUAUUUCGUUGUCCCACACGAGGUGCUGCCGGGGUCAAUAUGCAUAGUUACUCCUCCACCUCAGCGAAAGUACAAGGACAAGGUAUUGCGUCUGAGUGAAGACGGUGACGCUGUUGCACAGAGAGUCAAGAAGGUUAUUGACACAAAAAAGCUGAGCAUGAAGUUUGUUGAUCCCGUUGCAGUGAGAGCGCUUGCUAACAGUUUUGACCAUUUUGUCUUGCUCGGUGUGAAGAAGUACCCCCCUCAAUUGACAGGGGAGUUCCUUGGCCACCAAAAACCACCUGUUUGGGUUCCGCGGCGUGGUGAGUUCAAAGAAGGUUUACUGAAGGCGGUCAGCACAGUGGUGUUUCCACGUCGGGGGCAUAAUGCUGUCACAUGCCGUAUUGGCCACACCGGCCUUACGCUGGAUCAACUCAACGAGAACCUCCAGUCCUUUCUCGCGCAGGUGACAAAACAUGUCCAAGCCACGAAUCCCGAAAGUAUUCUUCAUAUUCGUGUGGCUGGGACGAACAAGGAAGGCAGACGUGCUGGGCUUCCUAUCUUUGGCCACACGUUUCGAAUCCCGCGUAAGGUUGAAGAGCACGAGAGUGUAAAGGAGGAACCAAAAUUAAAGAAGACGAGAAAAGGCGACUAA